AAGGAAGCUACAAACGACAAACGACUUCAACAUGAAUGCGGGGAGUGGUGAUGGGGAUCAGUUUGACUCCUUUUACUGUGGAAAACUCCACGACGGAACGCCCAUUGUGGUUAAGCGGGUAAGGGCUACAAGCACACAAAGGAUUGAUAAUGGCGAGCUCAAGGAAAAACUGGUGGACACGUUGAGAAUGUUGCAGCAUCCCAAUUUGUUGAGGUUUUUGGGAGUCUGUUACAAAGAGAAUUGUCUGGUGUAUGAAGACAUCGCGAACGGAAGUUUGAAACAGUGGAUUGCAGGUGGCGAAAAUCGCAGGAGAGGAUUUCUGCCAUGGCAUGCUCGCCUUCGUGUGAUGGCAGAGACUGCUCGGGCAGUAUCCUUCCUCCACUCCAACCAGCUGGACACCGGCGAUCCCAUCAUCCACGGUGCCAUCAAACCAGCAAACAUACUUCUCGAUCACAAUUUUGUGGCCAAGAUUUGUCAGGAUGACCGGGCUCUCCUUGUGUCCCGACACCCGAAUGGAGGGCAUGCUACACAAGAUUCUAUUUGUGCUUUCCUCGGAAGCAACUGUCAAUACCUCGCACCAGAAUAUUUGCGUUCAGGGGUUUUCAACGAGAAGACGGACAUCUACGCUCUUGGUGUCACACUAUUGGAAGUUCUCACUGGAAAAUUUUGGAAUGCACUGGGAAUCAUCGAAGGUGCCAUGCGAGACGGUGGAGCGUUUGAAAAUGCUCUCGAUCCAAAUGCAGGCUGUUGGGAUGUAAGUCUGGCAUGGCAGGUGGCGGAAUUGGGCCUGUGCUGUGCGAGCCUGGACGAGUGCAAUCGACCAGACAUGCAACAACGGACUCUGGCAUUGUAGCUACAUUAGACAGAGUUGCAGGAAAAGUAGAGCUUCCUGCAGCAGCUGAAGAUGGAUAAAGUAAUCAAACCACG